AUGGAGAAAACAGAGGGUCGUCACCAGCACGUUGAAGGGUCGUCAGCUCCCAGUCCACGCAGGAUGGAGGCUGGCACGAACGAGGAUUUCUACGCAGGAGAUUCGGUGACGCAUCUCUCUGAGGAGCAUCGCCAGUAUCUUCUCGCUCGGCAUGGCACGCUAGAUCUCGAUCCCAUCCCUGACAUGAACGAUGCCGACCCGUACAAUUGGCCGCGAUGGAGAAAAAUAAUUAAUCUGGCCCUGGUCGCUUUCCAUGCCAUGAUGAGUACCUUUACUGCUGCCGCAAUCCUAUCAGCCUUUGUCAACAUCUCUACGGAUCUGCACGUUAGCUUGCAGCGCACCAGUUAUUUGGUCUCGCUAUUCAUCGCUGUUCUCGGUGGAGCGCCCUUAUUCUGGCGUCCGCUGUGCAACCGAUUUGGACGUCGUCCAAUCUUCCUGAUUUCGCUCAUCUGCAGUCUGGCCGGUAACGUGGGUUGCGCGAAGAGCCCCUCAUAUGCCACAAUGGGCCUUUGUCGUGCUAUUACUGCCUUCUUCAUCAGCCCUGCUGCGGCCAUGGGGAGCGCUGUGGUCGCUGAGACCUUCUUCAAAAAGAAUCGUGCGCAUUGCAUGGGUAUCUGGACACUGAUGGUGACCUUGGGUGUGCCGGCUGCGCCCUUCAUCUUCGGAUUUGUGGCGUUUCGUGUUGGAUACCGUUGGAUCUACUGGAUCCUAGCCAUUGUCAACGCUGUGCAGUUCAUCCUCUACUUCUUCCUUGGGUCGGAGUCGCUCUACAUGCGCAAAGACGAUAGCGGUCAGCAGAUCACUAAUGUGAAACAGAGUAUAUUCAGAUUCAGACGGAUUAACCAGACUCCUUUCAAACUCUGGGACUUUUUCCAGCCCCUUAGCUACGUGAUAAAGCCCUGCGUGCUAAUUCCAGCGGCCGCAUACGCAAUGAUCUUCCUCUGGGGGAGCGUGAUGCUCACUAUUGAGAUCCCCCAGAUCUAUCCUAAAAAAUUCGGAUUAAACACGCAGGAAGUCGGCCUGAACUUUUUGGGACUGAUCAUCGGAUCCGUCAUUGGCGAACAGGUCGGGGGCUUCAUAUCCGAUCGGUGGAUGUUGCUACGCGCCAAACAUACCAGCCAAACUCCGGCGCCGGAAUACCGUCUGUGGCUAAGCUACAUCGGCCAUGCGUUAACCAUUUGUGGUAUUGUUGUUUUCGCGAUCCAGCUACGCGAUUCCGGUGAUAAAUGGAAUGUCACCCCUAUAGUGGGGUCGGCCAUCGCUGCCGCAGGCAAUCAAAUUGUCACCACCAUCAAUAUCACCUAUGCCGUGGAUUGUUACCGUGAGGAUGCCGCGAGUGUUGGCGUUUUUAUUACCUUCGUUCGUCAACUGUGGGGAUUCAUUGGUCCUUUCUGGUUUCCGCAGAUGUUUAAGAACUGCGGCUGGGCCGGUGGUGCAGGCAUUGCCGUAGCGCUGAUGGUUGGUGUUAGCAUCGUCCCAACCAUGCUGGUGCAGUGGCACGGCGCGGCGUGGCGUUGA